CAUUUACCAUCAACCACAUCAACCACAUCAACAACAACAACAAUGGGAAAGAGAAAAUCAGCCAAGCCACCUCCCAAGAAGAAGAUCAUGACAAAGUUGCCCAAGUACUUUGAUUGUCCAUUCUGUGACCAUGCUCAAAGUGUUGAAUGUAUAUUAAAAAAGGAAAGCGCCAUUGGAACAGCCAAAUGCAGGUCAUGUCACUCUUCCUACUCGACAAAGAUCAAUGAGCUUAGUGAUCCAAUUGAUGUAUAUUCAGAUUGGAUCGAUGCAUGUGAAGCU